AGUGCUCAUACGUGGCUUUAAAGAGUCUCAUAAUUCUUACUAAGCUUUUCUGGACUAAAUAAACACUUAGUAUAUAGCUUUGAUGUUAGUAUCUGCAUGCCUACAAUUUUUCCAGCAUUUACCAUUAAAUACCUACUGCUUUUGAAAUAACUUUAAUUAUGAUUUAGAAAUGGAUUUGUGCUAUACUUAGAGUGUGCAUUUUUAGAGGUUUGCAAAGCCCCAGCUUGGCUUUUCUACAUCAUGUACAUGUGCUUUGUGAUCAUAAUGGGCCUCAAAGGCUGUAUGCUGUUGUGAGCUCACCAAGGGCUAUAGCUACAUGAAUUUUGUUCAGAUUAUGUAUUUAAGAAAUUAUUAAGAUGCACACUGAGUAUAGUUCAGUUUCUCAGAAAUGUAUCUGGAGGAAUAGGUAAUUUUUAGUAUUUAAUGUACUCUGCUGUAUAUAUCAAGUAGUCUCACAAUUUGAGUAUAGGUGUCACACCUUUUUCCUAAUGGUUUUUGUGUGUCGAAUAGAAAGGGAUCUUUGUACUCAAAGAUGUGGAAGUAGCAUUUUUCAGGAACAGACCAAAGAGGAAGAAAAGAUGUUGUUGCUUAUUUAAUAUUUUUUACUACAUUUUAGACAGAUGAUUGUUGUUUUUUUUUCUUUGCUGAAGCAGGCUCUUUUGUUUUGGUCAUGUGAUUAUGAAACAGAGCAGAACUGGUGCAAACCCUAAAAUUUCUCUUUCUUAGCUUAGUGACUGUUGUGCUUUGAGAUUAAAUUUUAUAUGCAUGAGUAUGAUAUCUAUUAUAGGACUUAACCUUUCAGAAACUAACUUACCAUUAAGUAAGUUACAUUAACGACUAAUUGAUUUCUUAAUGUAGAAAUGCUUGAAUUUAUAGUUAAGUGUCAUAUAGUGAAUAUUUGAGAAAACGACAUGUACUUUUAAACUGGAAUUGAAGUUUUUACACAAAACAGACUAGCUUCAUUAACGUACUAUAGUUCAGAGAAAAAAAUUGUAUAUACUGGAUAUAUGGCUGGAUACUACUGGACACCUCCAUGGCUCACUUUUUUUUCAAAGGUUAAUUUUUCAAAACAGGUCAAGUCUUCCACAAAACAGAAACACCCUUGGGAAUGGAAAAUACCUGUGCUCAGUGUAGAAGUCCAAUUGCUAAUUUAAGGUGUUGGUUUAUCAUGUCAUAAAUGCUAAUUUUCUUUAUGAGCAGGUAUUUCCUUUAGUGUAUAACUUCCUUCAGGAGCAGAAAAACAGGAGUGCAUUGGGACCAAACAUGUUGUUAACAUGGAGUCUGACACUUCUAGUCUCUAAUUUCUGUGUACUUUCAGAAAACUCACCUCAAAGUUGUAACUCGCCUCCAAAGCAUAAUAUGUAUGGAAAAUAGUAGUAGCUUCCAGGUGAAUAGUAAUUUUAAAGAUAACAUUGUAGGACUAAGCCUUUCCUUGCUUUUAGUGAAAUUUCACAUUGUUGCCUUAUUUGAAUCUCCUUGAUGUCCUCAGUUUUCUGGACUACUGUGCUAUCAAAGACACCUUUGAUGGCUUUGGAAGAGAGGAAAAUGUCCAAGUCUGGAACUGCUUAAUCAAUUACCUAUUUCUUUCUCACUGCCAAGGAUGCAAAUCUGAUACAUUACUCAAGAAUCUAGAGCUUCCAAUUCCUUUUUCUUCUUUCUUUCCUAUCUUUGAGAUCUAUUGGCUAGGUGUGUCGAUUUACAUAAUUGAUUCUAAUCAGUUUUAGUACUCACAUUCCUCCUUGCUAUUAGCUGGUAUGUUACUUCUGAAGCUGGUUGGUUUGUAACUCAGAAUAUCCCUCAUAGUAACCAAAUAUUAAAGUGCCUGAGCUGUGUUCUGUGUUGCUAGCUGCGAGGAUUGCUAUCUCCAUGCACACCAAGGCUUGUGUAGUUUGGCUUAUGGCUGUUCAGGUCUAAAUUCUGACCUUUUAUUAUGUUAAAAAUACUGAAUGACUCACUUCUUUAGAUGUGUUUCUACUUGUGAUUUAUAUGAAGCUGCCCUUGGAUGGAAAUAGGAAUUUGAUUAAAAGUGUACAAAUGUAGUAUUUAAAGGGGUUUUUGUUGGUGCUUUUUUGGGCUUUUUUUUUUUUUUAAUUAUCAGUUAAAAGUAGAUUAAUUAAAUUAAAUGUCCAGGUAGGUAAGUUUGGGUUGUUGAAGGUUUUAAAUUUUUUUUUUCCAGACGUAUGGAAGAUGAACUGCGAUUUUUAAAGUGUGAAUUUGAGUUAGUGAAGUUAGAAUUCAAGAGGUAUUUAGAUGGCUGAAGAUGCAGAUGGGAACCUGUGACACUUUCAUAGAUCUUUUACAUGUUUUCCACCAUUUUAUGGGAAGUUAGGCAUCUAAUCUGACAGGCUAAUUAGUGGGAUUUUCAGAAGGACUUUUCUGAGUAUCAGAAUCUCUAAAAAUAAAAAAAAACGCAAAACAAAAGAUGCCUGUAUAUCUUUUGCCCCUCUUAUAAUUUGGAGGGGGAAUAAAUGAAUUUUUUAACUAAGUCCAGUUGGAGAAUGUUAUACCUAUGUAUCUUAUAUGUUUCCCUACCAAAAUGGAAAUAGUCAGUAUACCUAUUCCAUGUUACACAUUGAAGUAUAGUGCUAACACUAGUAUAUAUCUCUAUCAAUCUUUCCCUGACCUCAGAAAAUAAACAGAUUCAAGAAAGGCAAUUAAUAGCCUAUCCCAUAAGUCAUUAACAUUUGAAGACUAAUUUUUUAAAUGGUCUCAUUCAGAUUUGAAGUACAUGCACAAGUGUUAAGAAGCCACUUCAUUAAAAUUACUUAAGCAAAACUGAAUAAUUACUUGAAAACAAACCCUCUUAUCAGCGUGUUACUUAAUGUUGCUCUCCAGCUUGAUAAGGAAGUAGUUUGUAUCACCCAGUGAUUACUUGGUUUCAUUUGCAGCCUUAGCACUCUGUGGCCUUCCAACAGCUACCUGCCAGUCCUGUUUUGGAUAGCUGACUUCCAGGAAACGACCCAGAACAAAAUGGCCACUCCAGUGAUGCCAUUGAAGGGGAAAGUCUCAUUCCUAGAACUUGUAUUCAGGGAUUAUUUUUAUUCUAUGAGAAUUUCAGUUCAGGAUAUUAAGAUGACUUCAGCCAUAGAUCUUUUCAUCUGUAAAUGAGAAAUGUCCACUGCUGCAUUGUUAUUGGGACUACAGCAGACAGUAGUGCAUCUGUAGACAUUUUCUCAAGUCCGCAGCUUUUUGUUUAUCUCAGAUCCAAUGACUGCAGGUAAACCAGGCAUAGCACAAUGAGAGAGAUGUUGGGUUGGGACUGGGAAAAGCUAAGCCUCUUGCUUUCCUCCUUUGGAAGUUGAUGACUUUGGACAAGCUGCUUUUUAUUUCAAUGCUUGUUUUUUGGCCUCUAAAGUGAGGGCAGUAUCUCCUUUAAAAUUGUCUUGAACUUUCCAAAGAGGCGUGAGAGAGAGAGAGGUAAUCUUGCAUGAUUUUCUAGGCACUAAAGGACAUUCCUACCACUUAUCCUAAUGUUUUGAACAGAUUCGAUUCUCUUGGGAAAUGACAAUAUAAAUUAUGGCCAUUUUGGACCAAAAAUUCAGAGAUCCUCAAUGUGUUUAUUUCCAUUACAAGGGAAUGGGAUGUGAGACCUGACUUGGUGACAAAUAUAAAACUUUGUUCUUUAGCAAAUGGUUAUUGUUGGCAGCAAAGCACACUAUGGAUGUGAAAAACAAGAAUCAUGUAUGUAGCGUGUUCCUACCAUGUGCACUUCCCUGGAGUACACAACAGAUGGAUUUCUGUAAACCAAAGACUCCAGCUUUGUAAAUAUACAGUUCAAAGGUGAUUCACAUCACAUAAAUGUUCUGCAGGAUUCCUGUCAUCUCCUCAGUCUUUUCUGCUAUUGAGGGUCGCACUCAAAUGUUCCACUUAUUUAUAAUAAUUAAUAUCAAUUUCAACUCAUCUUCUGCUGAACAGGUCUGCUUUUUCAGUUAUUGGCUGUCAGCAACUAGCUGCCAAAAAUGUCUUUAAUUUUACUAGCAGGUGUAUAUCAAUUUCCCCAUGGCAUCUUUGACUUGUUCUGGUACCUAAUGGCUGAACCAGUGCAUAUUAGUUUUCUUCCCUUUUUUUCCCCCCUGUUUCUGAAUAAAUAUAUACAUUCUUUACAAUUACAUCAGAAAAGGAAGUUAUGGUAUCAAUGAGCAUGGUAUCAAUCUUUUGCUAAAGCUUAUCAAUGAGUUCUAAAGCUAAAACUCUGCCCAAACAGAGCUUAAUCCAUUGGCUUGUAUUGUUCUUGAAACUUUACUCCUAAGCCCGGAAAAACAAUGCUGUAGAGAGACUUGGGAUACCAGCAAAGCCACAAACUAUUUAUUUCUGUCGAUCUAACACACUUAGGAAGUCUAUGUGUCUUUGUAGCCAUUUAAAGUUUAGUGCAAAAUCUGUCAGUGGAUUGGGUUGCAUGGUGAGCUGUUCCCAGAGUACCGGGAAGGUGGGCAGUGGUGCAGAGACGGGAUGCACAUUGUCUUGGUGUAAAGAAGCUGUGACCUGAGGCAGAAGGUCAUCGCUUUAGAUGGAGCAGUAUUUCUAUAUCCGUGAUGUAUUUAUGGUUUAGUGACUUCAGAGGUUACCUGAAACUUGAAGGUCUUCAAUCAAGACUUAUGCUAGUAUCUGUUAUUGUAGCACACAGUAGUAUCUACUCCUUCCCCCACGUAUCAAAGCCUUUUGUGUUUUCCUUAAUUAAUUGCCUUCAUCUCAACAGUGAGCAUUGGGUUUGACUAGUUGGACUGUUUUCCACUUAAACAACUAGGGAAAAGUAAGAGUUUGAGAUUCCCAUUUGUGUAUAUUUAUCAUUGAAAAAGAUCAAGGACACUAAAUUAGUAGUAAUUAAAAUGGCAUUAAUUAAGCAUAUCUGUUUCAAGUGAGUGAAUGGUGAAAGACAGUUGUCUCUGAAUUGUGUUACAGGCAGGGCUGUGUUGAAAUAGUAGAUCUUUGGUGUGGUUGGCAGGUAUUUCUACAGCCUUUGUCUUACACUAAAGCUUGUGAUUUUGUGUGGAAUUUAAGGAAUGUCAUUUCACAGAAGUUGUUUCUUCGUUCUCUGCUCAUCAUGAAUAGAUAGCGAUAUCUUAGACACAAUACAAACAUGUCCUAGUUAUUCCUAAAAUUUGGAAUGCAGAAGAAUGUUGCAAGAUAAAAUAAAUCUGGAAGCAUUUGAUAGCUGUGGUACUCUGGUGCCCAUUAUGAUGGUAAUUUUACUGUCAAAACUAUCCUGUUGUUAAUUGGGUUUUUUUGUUCACGUUGAAGAUGGAAUAAGACCCGACCCCAUUUUUAAGAGGAGAAAUGACCAAACAAGAUAAUAGACCUUGGUAGCCAGUGUAGGUGUUUUCAGCCCUGCUAUUCCAGCAUCCCUUUGCUCCUGAUAUUUUAUUUUGUUUUUCUUUUCUCCCAUCUGAAGCAAUGAAGCUGGCUGUAUGGAAAUUACUCAAAAAGAAAAACAAGGGAAUAUGAAAUAUUAGUAGGUGAAGCCCUUCUGCAUGGAGCAGAUGAAUUUAAUAUGCACUUAAAAUAUAGACUUUUAGGUUUUUUUUUUCCUGGGGGGGGGCGAGUUAAUCCUUAGUGCUAGUUCUGCUUCAUCUCUACUAGAAUGCCAAAGGUUAAAUAAACAGGCUAAUAUGAUGUUGAGAGUUUAGUUGGAAAGCGAUAGAAUAUUAAAAUUACUGCAUUUAUAUUUUUAGUGGCCUGGUAUUGAUAAGUUUUAAGUAGACAAAAACAAAGAAGCAGAAAAACCUGCUGUUUAAUGUAGAAAUGUGGAAAAAAAGUGGGUGUCUUAUCAAUGGUUGACUGAAAUUCACAGGUGUACUCGGUGGGAAAUUGGGUAUUUCUUUGAAAAGGAAUGAAGUCUUACUGAACCUUGUUUUAACUCUCCAGCCAUAGGAGCUGUGUUGAGAAAAUAAUUUAAAUUUGUAAGUCUAGGUCAUAUGACGAUUAAUGUACAAACUCCUCUGCUUUUAAUUUCUCUUUGAUACCUUUGUUAUUUAAUUUUUUUUCUUAGAAGGGUUUUAUUGCAAGUAAUAAAGUACUAAUUUAGAAAUAUUUAUUAGACAAUUACUUCUAAGGGGUAGCUAUGAGAAGUUUCUCAAAAUGUGCUAAUGUGUAAAUUAAUUUUAUUUUCCUGCUUUCAGUCAGUCAAGUGCAGCCACUGAUCACGAGAUGUUACCACAAAAUCUACCUCAGACUUCACUUUUGUUCAUUCAUUUGCUGCGUCAUAGAUCCCAACAAGAGUUCUGCAGACACUCUUGAAAGUCUCUGAACAGAUUGGAACAUCAAGUCAAAGCAUGAUGACCUAAUAGGAGGUCAAAGUCUCAAACAUUGAUUCAGCAGUUCAAGAUAGCACUGCCCUUUUUAUCAGUAUCACUUCUGAAGGCUACAGACUUCCUGCCAUUUCUUUCCUGGCUACUUCAGAAACAUUCAGCUGACCUUUCUUUGAUGAAGAGAUUUUGACUUUUCUCUCUGGUCCUGGAAAUAUUAAUGGAAUACAGUCAUGUCUACCCAGGACGAGAGGCAGAUAAAUACAGAGUAUGCUGUAUCCUUGCUGGAGCAGUUAAAAUUAUUUUAUGAACAGCAAUUGCUAACUGACAUAGUGUUGAUUGUUGAGGGCACUGAAUUUCCCUGCCAUAAGAUGGUUCUUGCAACAUGCAGCUCAUAUUUCAGAGCAAUGUUCAUGAGCGGGCUGAGCGAGAGCAAACAGACACACGUACACCUGAGGAAUGUGGAUGCAGCCACUCUGCAGAUCAUCAUCACUUAUGCGUACACGGGUAACCUAGCAAUAAGUGACAGCACAGUAGAGCAGCUCUAUGAAACUGCCUGCUUCUUACAGGUAGAUGAUGUGUUACAACGAUGUAGAGAAUAUUUAAUCAAAAAAAUUAAUGCUGAAAAUUGUGUGCGUCUAUUAAGUUUUGCUGAUCUCUUCAGCUGUGAAGAGUUAAAACAGAGUGCUAAAAGAAUGGUGGAGCACAAGUUCACAGCUGUGUACCACCAGGAAGCUUUCAUGCAACUGUCACAUGAUCUACUGAUAGAUAUUUUAAGCAGCGACAAUUUAAAUGUGGAAAAGGAGGAGACAGUGCGUGAGGCUGCUAUGUUAUGGCUGGAGUACAACACAGAAUCACGCUCGCAGUAUUUGUCAUCUGUUCUUAGCCAAAUCCGGAUUGAUGCACUUUCAGAAGUAACACAGAGAGCCUGGUUUCAAGGCUUGCCACCUAAUGAUAAAUCAGUGGUGGUGCAAGGACUGUACAAAUCUAUGCCCAAAUUUUUCAAGCCCAGACUUGGCAUGACAAAAGAGGAGAUGAUGAUAUUCAUUGAAGCUGCUGCUGAAAACCCUGGUAGUCUUUACUCUUCUGUCUGUUACAGCCCACAGGCAGAGAAAGUUUACAAACUCUGCAACCCUCCCGCUGACUUGCAUAAGGUUGGGACGCUGGUAACUCCUGAUAAUGACAUCUAUAUAGCAGGUGGGCAAGUUCCUCUGAAGAACACAAAAACCAAUCACAGUAAAAGCAGCAAACUCCAGGCUGCCUUCAGAACUGUGAAUUGCUUUUACUGGUUUGAUGCGCAGCAGAACACUUGGUUCCCCAAGACACCAAUGCUCUUUGUGCGCAUCAAGCCAUCUCUAGUGUGCUGUGAAGGAUACAUUUAUGCAAUUGGUGGGGACAGCGUCGGCGGUGAGCUCAACAGGAGGACUGUGGAGAGGUACGACACUGAGAAGGAUGAGUGGACCAUGGUCAGCCCCCUGCCCUGCGCGUGGCAGUGGAGCACAGCUGUGGCAGUUCAUAACUGCAUCUAUGUCAUGGCGCACAACUUGAUGUACUGCUACUUCCCCCGCUCAGACGCCUGGGUGGAGAUGGCAAUGCGACAAACAAGCAGAUGUUUCGCCUCAGCUGCUGCUUUUGGUGAUAAGAUAUUCUAUAUCGGAGGACUGCAUAUUGCCAGCAGUUCUGGAAUAAGGCUACCCAGCAGUACUGUGGAUGGGUCUUCUGUAACAGUGGAGAUCUAUGAUGUGAAUAAAAAUGAAUGGAGGAUGGCAGCUAACAUCCCUGCCAAGCGCUAUUCUGACCCAUGCGUCAGGGCUGUUGUGAUCUCCAAUUCCUUAUGUGUCUUUAUACGGGAGACCCACAUGAACGAGAGAGCCAAGUAUGCCACCUAUCAGUAUGACCUGGAACUCGACCGCUGGUUCCUGAGGCAGCACAUAUCAGAACGUGUGCUGUGGGACUUAGGGAAAGACUUCCGGUGCACUGUAGGAAAGCUGUAUCCAUCUUGCCUCGAAGAGUCCCCAUGGAAACCUCCAACGUAUCUCUUCUCACCAGAUGGAACCGAUGAAUUUGAGCUGGAUGGGGAGAUGGUUACUUUACCACCUGUAUAGCUCGCAAAUUAGACUGCAUAACUGAGACUGUGCUCAGUAAUAAAGUAAUAAGAAAUAAAUGGCUGUGAAAGAACAGGUGUUGGGACAGAAGCUGUCUUUCAUGAGUUGUAUUUUUAUGCCCUACCUAACACUUGCUGCCAUUCAGUAUGAAUUAGUGAAAUGAGCAGAUAUGCUUUCAUAAUCUCAAAUACUAUUAUCAGAUAAUUGAGAAAAAUAUAUGUAUUAUCAUGAGCUUGAGCAUCUGACUUGUCUAAAGAAUUAAUUCUAGUUCUAUCAAGUCUCAGAUCAGGAAAAUUAGCUUCAGAAAAAAAAGUAGUUACUGUUUCUAGGAUGAUGUCACAACUCUUUUAAAAGUAUCUUCCAGUUACAUUUGAACUACUUCUGGAUAUUCAACUUAAGUGAUAGUUAUAUAAUUGUCAGUGUGGCCUAAUUAAAGGACUGUGCUGCACUUACUAAAUACUAAUAUCUAUGUUGGUAUAGUAAUGCCAUUAAAAGAAAAAGAAACAAAUCCCAUGGAUCUACCGGUGGUAGGAAGGGUAGAUCUUCCAUUGUAUGGUAACAUGCUGGGCAAAAUGACUGCAGGUUCAGUCAAGCUGUAUGAUGAGGUGCAUGUAUUCUAUUUUCACUAACUUAUACCUGUCUGUUUAGAAUACAGGUCUUCCAAGCAGCUGGUAGAUUACCAGGUGUGGACUUAAGUUGCUGGGCUUGCAAUAGGAAUUGCUAGCCCUCAUAGUGCGGGUCUAGGUGAGGCUUUAAUCAGUAAAUGCCUCCACCUUCUGUAUUACAGUAACAUUGGCUCAUGUAUAUUACUUCCUGCUGCUGAUGUAUUUUUCCAAUGUAAAACAAAGUUUUAGUGUGGAUUAACCAGGUCUUUAUUUUCUGUUAAUUUAAUAACAAGCAUUACUGUAGUGUGAUUGUGUAUAGAUACCCUUAGCUGUCAGGUUUUUUAUUUUGGGGGGAAGCAAACUUCAGGAAUAUCCUGUGCUGUGUGUGCAGGAGAGCAGAUGCCUAGUGCUGCUCUGGCAUUAAUCCCAGGAACCACUAGCAGUAGCGGGGUGCCGCCAACCUAACAUGAAUACAGGUGCUUCAUGACAAACCUUACUAGCAUGUUCAGCUGCAUCAUGUUCUGGCACUGUAUUUUGAAUGACAUUAAUUUAUUAAAAAAAGACUGAAUCCAA